AUGAGACGCCUUGGAGCGCAGGAGGUGCGAGCGGAUGCGCAGCACGUCCAUACGGUAGAGGAGUACGCCGAAGAUGUAGAGCGUGGCGAUGAUCCAGAGCGUUGUGAUGGCAAAGAGGAAGGGACCACGGAUGCCGAUGAGGAAAUUGUCCAUGCAGGUCAUAAGGUCAGCGAUAGGAUGACCGGAUACAACUUCCUCCAGCUUGCUCAUGACCUGUGUACACGUGAGUGA